CUCUGUGCAUGACUUUGCCGUUGUGUGCAUGUGUGAGUGGUGGUGGCUUUGGGUCUGCGUGCGUCUCAUUUCUCUCUAACCUCCCUUCUUCUCUACGCCAUACAGUUCUUGCAGCUCAGCAGAUGUAGUUUUGUCUCAGAAGCAACAUCACAGCUGUGAAGCAGUGAAAUCUCCUCGCUGCAGAGCUGAAAGUCCUGAAAGACACGGUUCUGCUCAGAGCACUCUGUUCUGUAGCCUAACAACAAAACUGGGAUAAAGAGUUUUGUUCACCAGUCUACGUCCUAAACUUCAAGACCAAGUCCAGCUUGAGUCAUCCCAGGCCUCACCAUGUCUGUCGACCCAGCGGUCGAGCUGCCUUUUUUCUACGGCAGCAUCAGUCGCUCGGACGCCGAGCAGCACCUGAAGCUGGCCGGCAUGGCCGAUGGCCUCUUCUUGCUGAGACAGUGUCUCCGCAGUCUUGGAGGCUACGUCCUGUCUAUUGUCUGGAACCUGGAGUUCCACCACUACACCAUAGAGAAACAACUGAACGGGACUUACUGCAUUGUGGGAGGGAAGCCUCACUGUGGCCCCGGGGAGCUCUGUGAGUACUACAGCAAGGACCCCGACGGGCUGGUGUGUCUACUGAAGAAGCCCUGUCUGCGCCCUGCGGAAAUGCCAAUAAAGACCGGUGUUUUUGACAAAAUGAGGGAGAACAUGCUGAGGGAGUACGUCAGGCAGACCUGGAACCUGGAGGGAGAAGCCAUGGAGCAGGCCAUUAUCAGUCAGGCUCCUCAGCUUGAGAAGCUGAUCGCCACUACUGCCCAUGAGAAGAUGCCCUGGUAUCAUGGUAAAAUCAAUCGGCAAGAAGGGGAGAGGCGGCUUUACUCUGGAGUACAGCCUGACGGCAAGUUUCUAGUCAGAGACAAGGAGGAACUUGGUUCGUUUGCUCUCUCUGUGAUGUACGGGAAAACUGUUUACCACUAUCAGAUCCUCCAGGACAAAUCAGGGAAGCUGUCUAUGCCAGAGGGAACAAAGUUUGACACAAUCUGGCAGCUGGUUGAGUAUCUGAAGAUGAAGCAUGAUGGUAUAGUAACUGUCCUUGGGGAGGCCUGCGUCAAUGGCAAAACUGCAGAGAAGACACCCAGCCUUCCUGCAACAAGGCGCUCUGCACAAAAUGGAUACACACCGCCACCCCGAGCCGCUGCACUGGCCUCAUGCACAUCUACUGCUAUGCCGGUAGAGCGUGACCUUCUCCCUAUGGACUGUGACGGAUUUAACCCAUACCACAACCCGAAUGACAUCAAGAGAUUCAACAUCCAGAGGGAGCAGCUGUUGAUGGAUGAGGUGGAGCUCGGCUCUGGAAACUUUGGCUGUGUCAAGAAGGGAGUCCUCAAGACGGAAUUAGGCCAGAUAGACGUGGCCAUCAAGGUGCUUAAGAGUGAAAACGAAAAGCUGGUGAAGGAGGAGAUGAUGAGGGAGGCAGAGAUCAUGCACCAGCUGAGCAAUCCGUUCAUCGUCCGAAUGCUCGGCCUGUGCAACGCUGAGAACCUGAUGCUCGUCAUGGAGAUGGCUGCAGCCGGACCCCUCAACAAGUUCCUCACCACCAAAAAGGAUUCUAUCUCUGUGGAGAACAUUGUCAACUUGAUGCACCAGGUAUCAAUGGGGAUGAAGUAUUUGGAGGAGAAGAACUUCGUGCACAGGGAUCUGGCAGCUCGUAACGUUCUGCUGGUCAACCAGCAGUUCGCCAAAAUCAGUGACUUUGGGCUCUCAAAGGCGCUGGGAGCAGAUGACAACUACUACAAAGCUCGUACUGCAGGCAAAUGGCCACUGAAGUGGUAUGCUCCAGAAUGUAUAAACUACCACAAGUUCUCCAGCAAAAGUGACGUGUGGAGCUUUGGGGUCACCAUGUGGGAGGCCUUCUCCUACGGAGGAAAACCCUACAAGAAAAUGAAAGGCCAGGAGGUGUCAAACUUCAUUAACAACGGGGGCCGUAUGGAGUGUCCACCAGCAUGUCCGGAGAGGAUGUAUGCAGUGAUGAAAGAGUGCUGGACAUACUCGCAUGAGGAUCGCCCCGACUUUAAGAAGGUUGAGGAGUCCAUGAGGACUUAUCAUUACUCCAUUUCUGGCAAGGCCAAGCUUGAGGGAGCCGAUGCUGCAGCCCAGCCUAGCAAGUAGACCGCAAAAAAGGCGCAUUCUGUCAUAUGGCUGCACAAAGCGUUCUUUCAAUGGACUGUAAAACUACCAAAACAAAGAGUAUUUCAUGAGCGGCGCAUAAUGAUGAGCUUUGACUGCCAAGCAGCUACAGCUAAACAGGCCUCAUUGACAAUAAAUGUGCAUUUGUAAAUUGGACCACAGUGUUUGUUGUGUAAGGAGGACUUCUGUCGUUUGUCCGUCAUGGUCUGAAUGUGAAGUGUCUCUGCAUUGAUGAAAUAACUAAUUUUGUAUUUCUGGACUAUAAUGGGACUGUAUGCCAAAUGAACGUGGGUGUUUUUUUUUUUUUUAAACCUCAAAGCAAUUUGUCUCUUUUUAAACUAAAUAAAGUUUAAAAAAAGUU